AGAAGACCCGACCGAGGUCCAAAUGGCUUCAACGGGCCUUGAACUGCUGGGCAUGACCCUAGCUGUGCUGGGCUGGCUGGGAACCCUGGUGUCCUGCGCUCUGCCCCUGUGGAAGGUGACCGCCUUCAUAGGCAACAGCAUCGUGGUGGCCCAGGUGGUGUGGGAGGGGCUGUGGAUGUCCUGUGUGGUGCAGAGCACUGGCCAGAUGCAGUGCAAGGUGUACGACUCGCUGCUGGCGCUGCCCCAGGAUCUGCAGGCUGCCCGCGCUCUCUGCAUCGUGGCCCUCCUACUGGCCCUGCUUGGCCUGCUGGUGGCCAUCACAGGGGCCCAGUGCACCACAUGCAUGGAGGAUGAGGGUGCCAAGGCCCGCAUUGUGCUUACGGCGGGCGCCAUCCUCCUCCUCUCCGGGGUGCUGGUGCUGAUCCCCGUUUGCUGGACGGCCCAUGCCAUCAUCCAGGACUUUUAUAAUCCCCUGGUGGCUGAGGCACUCAAGCGUGAGCUGGGGGCCUCCCUGUACCUGGGCUGGGCAGCAGCUGCCCUGCUCAUGCUGGGUGGGGGGCUCCUUUGCUGCACGUGCCCCCCACCCCAAAUCGACAGGCCCCGUGGACCCCGGCUGGGCUACUCCAUUCCCUCCCGCUCAGGCGCAUCCGGUCUGGACAAGAGGGACUACGUGUGAGACUGUGGGUAUCAUCAACCUCCCAGCUUCCUGCCACCACCGCCUCCCGCCCACCCACCUGGG